AUGGGAGAGGCUGCGAUUCGUAGCAUCGUCGAAGCGAUUCACUCGUCGCCGACGCAGGCCGUCGUCUAUCUCUCCGGCGGUGCCUCCCUGGCUUUAGGGUGGUUGAUGUCGGUUCCUGGAGCUUCCAACACUCUUCUUGAAGCCGUGGUUCCUUAUUCCAGGAUUUCUAUGGUCCAACUGCUCGGAAGGGUUCCGAGCCAGCACUGUAGCCAAUCGAUGGCCAAGGAAAUGGCCUUGCUAGCCUAUAAUCGGGCGCUUAAGCUCUCUAAACCAGGAUUUCCGGUUCUUGGUGUGGGUUUUACUGGAACAUUGGCAACUUCUCGUCCUAAGCGCGGGGAUCACAGGUUUUUUCUGUCCAUGAGAGCAUCCGACCGAAUAUGGGAUUCUUCAGUCACUUUAACAAAGAACCUACGAACCCGAGAGGAAGAAGAUAAGGUGGCUAGCCGUGUACUCAUCCAGGCUAUGGCCAAGGCAUGCCAAGUUUCUGGGACACUUGACUCUGGCUUGACCGAGUCCGAGGUGCCUGAUGAGUCUGAAACCCAGUUUAUUGAAGAACAAGAACUAGAGCAGCUUAUAAAUGGGGAAUUGUGCUUUAAGAUUUAUCCAUUUUCUGGGGAAGCACACGGGUCAGAUGAAGACAGAAAGAUUAUACUGCCUGGUUCUUUUAAUCCAUUACAUGAUGGUCAUCUCAAGCUGUUGGAAGUUGCUAUGAGUGUUUCUGGGGGAGGGUAUCCAUGUUUUGAAAUAUCCGCAAUAAAUGCUGACAAACCACCGCUUUCAGUUGCACAGAUUAGAGAUCGUGUCAAGCAAUUUGAAGCAGUUGGAAAGACGGUAAUAGUUUCAAAUCAGCCAUACUUCUACAAGAAAGCUGAACUCUUUCCAGGAAGCAGUUUUGUAAUCGGAGCUGACACUGCAGCAAGACUUGUUAAUCCAAAGUACUAUGAAGGAAGCCAGAAAAGGAUGUUGGAGAUACUCGGUGAUUGCAAGCGAACAGGUUGCAGUUUCCUUGUUGGUGGCCGCGAUAUCGAUGGUGUAUUUAAGGUUCUUGAAGAUCUUGAUAUUCCAGAGGAAAUAAGCGACAUGUUUAUCCCAAUUCCACCAGAAAAAUUCCGGAUGGAUAUAUCCUCUUCAGAGAUAAGAAAAAAACAAGCGAGUGUUGAUAAGAGGAAACGUGAAGAAGAAGAGGUCGAGCAAAAGAGCUAA